AUGGUCGCCACGACGUCUCCGGCGCAGGAGAAAUCCGCGCCCCAGCUGGACUCCGAUGAUGCUAUCCAGCAGCAGAAGCCCGCGCCCAACUGGGACGGCGAGGAUGCGCCCUCGCUCAAGGGUGAGAUGCAGCUCAACGUCGGUGGUCGUGGAGGGACGCAGCGGCGGCUGCGGAACUACCAGGUGCGAAUGAUCGGGUUCUGUGGUGGUAUUGGAACCGGUCUGUUCGUGGGAACCGGUGCUGCGUAUGCGAAGGCCGGUCCGGCUGGCCUGUUGCUCGCAUAUGGUGUCGUGGGCUUGGUCCUGUGGUGUGUGAUGCAGAGCAUCGGCGAGUUGGCGACGUUGUUGCCGACAGCAGGUUCAUUCCCGCAUUGGGCAACUCGCUUCAUUGACCCGGCCUUUGGCUUUUCGCUGGCGAUCUCGUACGGCUACUGCUACACCAUUGCCAUCGCGUCAGAGGUGUCUGCCGCAGCCGUCAUCGUGUCCUACUGGACGGACAUAACGCCGGCGGUGGUCAUCACGGUGGGGCUGGUGCUGAUCCUGGCUAUCAACCUGAUGAAUGUGCGGUUCUACGGCGAAACAGAGGUCGUCGCCGGCUCGAUCAAAGUGCUCUGCUUCGUGGGCUUGGUCUUUGUGUCGAUUGUCAUCACUGCCGGCGGGGGCCCGAACCACGAGACCAUCGGUUUCCGCUACUGGCAUAAUCCAGGGCCCUGGACGAACUACAACGGUAUCACAGGUACCACCGGCCACUUUCUCGGGUUUCUUUCCGCCUUCGUCAACGCCUCGUUCAGUUUCAUCGGCGUUGAGACAGUCGUCAUCACGGCGGCCGAGUCGAUGGACCCCCACAACGCGAUUCCCAAGGCCGCGCGCCGGGUGACCUACCGGAUUGCCUUCUUCUACAUCCUCGGCGCAUUCCUGAUCGGCCUGAUUGUUGACCCGAGGAACAAGGAUCUUGUCUCUGGCUCCGGAAACGCAAACAGCUCGCCAUUCGUCAUUGCGAUCCGGGAAGCCGGCAUCAACGCCCUUCCGUCGAUUGUGAACGCUUGUAUCCUGAUCUCCGCCUGGUCCGCUGGCAACUCCUACUGCUGGGUCGGCUCGCGCAUGAUCGUAGCCAUGACGACCGAUCAUCAGCUGCCUCAGAUCUUCGGCCGGGUCAACAAGAAGGGUGUGCCGUAUGUGGCUGUCAUCGCUUCGUGGCUCUUUGGACCACUUGCAUAUCUGAGUCUCGGUUCCGGUGGUGCCGCACAGGCAUUCAGCUGGCUGUUGAAUCUUAGCACUGUUGCUGGGCUCAUCGCCUGGGCCACGCUGUCGUUUUGCUACAUUCGCUUCCACUCUGCGCUCAAGGCGCAGGGCAUCAGUCGAGACUCGCUUCCCUGGAAGGGACCGUUCCAGCCGUACACGGCGUGGGUUGGAUUCGUCGGGUCCACCAUUAUCACGCUCGUCGCUGGAUUCCCCGUGUUCUUGAAAGGCAACUGGAAUACCUCGGACUUUGUUGCCUCGUACAUCGGCAUUCCCAUUUUCAUAGUUCCCAUCAUUGGAUGGAAGCUGUUUAAACGUACAAAGAUGUACUAG